UCUUCUCCUCUUCCACAGUUACAUUGCAAGUUAUUUGCAAAAAUGGGGGACGACAAGCCUUUUGUGUGCAAUGCUCCUGGCUGUGGGCAGAGGUUUACCAAUGAGGACCACCUUGCUGUCCACAAGCAUAAGCACGAGAUGACUCUGAAAUUUGGACCUGCACGGACUGACUCAGUCAUCAUUGCAGACCAGACGCCAACUCCCACUCGUUUCCUGAAGAACUGUGAAGAAGUGGGCCUCUUCAACGAGUUGGCCAUGCCCUUUGAGCAGGAGUUCCGCAAAGCCCAGGAAGAUGACGACAAGAGGGCCAAGAACCCUCUGCCUGCCCCUGGCUCUUCAGCUCUGGACAUGACUCUGCAGACACCCUCAGAUGUGGUCAGAGUGAAGGAGGAGGAGCCUGUAGAGGUGGACUCGUCCCCUCCUGCUAGUCCGGACUCCAUCUCCAGCAGAUCUGACAGUAAUAAUGAGUCUACAAUCAGGGGGAAGGAUUCUCCCUCAAAGCCUGCUCUGAGUUCAGCUCCAAUACCUACCAUUGUACGGCCAAGGUCUCUUCCACUGCAUCUGGGCUAUGAUCCCCUGCAGCCCACCAUGCCUUCACCCACUUCGGUCAUCACACAGGCCCCACCAUCCAACCGCACUCUUGGGUCUCCCACAGGUCCAUACCCCAUGAUGAUGCUUCCCAAUGGCCAAGCAGUUCCUGUGCUCCCAGGCCCAGUGCAAAUGCCAUCUGUAAUAUCUCUCGCCAGGCCCAUGUGUAUGGUGCCCAACAUUCCAGGAAUCCCAGGCCCUCCACUAGGGGGAAGCGGUAGUGGGUCCUCAUCCCCAUCUGGUUAUUACCCCCACUCUGAGGCUAAGAUGCGGCUAAAGGCAGCGUUAUCUCAGCAGACGUCAGCAGCCCAGGGCUGUGUCGGUGUGGCAAUGGGCUCCAGUGCUAUGGUGCCACAGAGGAUGGAGCAGAGCCAGCUACUGGUGCAGCAGCCUGAUGCCCCAUCCCCUGCGCAGCCACAGGUUUCUCCAGCCCAGCCCACAGGCGGCAGGCGGCGGCGGACUGCAGAGGAAGACCCAGACGAGAGGAGGCAGCGCUUUUUGGAGCGCAACCGAGCAGCCGCCUCUCGCUGCAGGCAGAAACGCAAGCUAUGGGUCAAUUCUCUGGAGAAGAAGGCCGAGGAACUGACCUCCAUGAAUGUUUCCCUCACGAAUGAGGUGUCUCUCUUACGAAAUGAGGUUGCUCAUCUGAAGCAGCUGCUGCUGGCCCAUAAGGACUGCCCUGUCACCACUCUACAGAAGAAGGCUGCAUACCUGGGAGAGGAGUCUAUGAAGGAGGUUUCAGAGCCCACUGGCUCCCCUGCUCCGGUCAUCCAGCACAGCUCACUGGCCCCCAGCCCUUCAGCCUCCUCGGGGCCCAACGGCUUGAGCUCGCGGGCAGCUGCAGAGGCAGUGGCCAUGUCUGUGCUGGCGGGCAUGGGCAGUCAGCGGGGCGAGAGCGGGCCUUCUCACGUCAUCAUGGCCACACAGCCCCAGCCUUCGGCCAGAUGAUGAGCCCACCACAGCCCAGGACUCGCCUUGCCCCGCGCCGGGAGAGGAGAAGAGGAAUGUGAGGAGCGAAGGAUUGAGGUGAAAAUGAAAGCAAGAAACGCAUCCUCUUUCUCCUUCUCUCCCUGGCCUUCUCUCAUGCCAUAAUGCUCUGGCCUGGAGCACAGCUGAAUUCUGGGAAUAAACUUUGACUUUUGGGAGAAAGUAAGAAGCUUCCUGUUCACUAUGCCAUAGACUACAGGGGCUGGACUCCAACCUGCAUCUUUAUCCUCAUUCUAAACCCCUACGAAGCCCACACUUCCUCUUUUAUCAUCUUCUGCCUUCCAUCUCCAAACCCCUCAACCUUCAGUGGACUGUAAGACAGCAAAGCACUUCCCGAAGGGUCGUCAUUACGACUGCCCUACCUUUUGCGUAGAUCAUAUGCACAUAUUUACCAUGCCAUACAGAUUCACAUAGCAACAUGGACGUCUUGUUUGUGGCCGUCGUUGAAAUGAAAAUACUGCCACAGUGCACCUGGUGGUGUGCAUGUCCACACUCGCUGUGCUCCACAUUUUACUCACUAAAAUGAGGCUGUGUCUAGUGAUUGGCACCACAACCUUGCAUUACUUUUUCAUAUCUGGUUUGUAUGAGAUGAAAAAUAAUUUUUUUUAAUUAAAUCUUUGUGUGUUGAAUUUGCUUUAAAUCUGGUCCCUAACAUUUUAGAACAGUUUUUAUUUCAUGGAGACCAAGAGAAUGCCUCACCUGAACUUCACAAAGAUCUGACCUCAUUUCUAACCCAUAAUAAUGUUUUUGUUUUGUUUUUAUACAGAACGUUUGUAAUCAGUGAGUGCAUGUGCUUAGGUGUGUGCGUGAGCGAGUCUGUAUGUGUACAGGAAUGUAGAUCCAAGUAUAGCAGAUUGUCAUACAAAAGGACUGAUACACUAAUGUUGGCAUGCAAAACCUUUUUCUUUGCUCUUUGCUUUGUUAAAUGUGCUAUGUGCUGUUUCUUUACUAUGUUUGGUACGUCCUCCAGUGUGAGCUGUACCAAGUCAUUGUUUUGAUCAUGGUCUUGUUUUUCCUCUUAAAGCCUUGUGUGACAAACCAAAAAUUAUAAAUUGGCUCAUGGUCACCUAGCAAUGAUAAUUGAAAUCUUUUUAGGGAUGCAACAAUAUGGGAACUGUGGGCUGAUAACCGUAUCCAGUAUUUUUCAUGUACAUAUCUGCUGAUAAUGAUAUGUAAACAGUUGUAAAAUACAGAAAUUGGGACUAAAUCUACCUGAGAAAUAUGACAUUUUGUUACAAAUGCUUCAAAUUAAUAAAAUGGAAACCUUUCAGCACACCAGCCCUAUGUUGCCUAAACAUUGUGCCCUUCAGGAGCACAUCAAUACAGUCAUGUGCAAACGUUUGACGCCUCUAGUCAAAUUAAAUGUUUUGUUGAGUUUCAAAGGGAAAAUAAGUUAACACAUCACCUACAGAGAACACUCCUGCAUGUUUUAAAGGACAUUUACUGCAAUUUACAGUAUACAAACAAUACAGAUUGUGCACUAAAAAUUGCAGAAAAUUGACAUGCAUAUUUGUUCCUUGUAGAGGAUGUUAACUCCCUUUCACUCAGAAAAUCAACAAAAUGUGUCAUUUGAAUGUUGUUCAAACUUUCACAUAUGAAUGUUCUGCAAAUAUCAGUUUGAAAUAUCUGUUAAAGCAUUUGCCAAUACCUGUAAGAUUCUGAUAGAUUGUAGUUCAUGUGCUACAUCAUUAUAUAUGUUCUGGCGCCACCACCAUGACUGUCCUUUUUUAUUAUUUUUUUUUUGUCUGGUUUUGUUUUUUUGUUUUUUCCCUCCUGUGAGGGCCAUUAUUAGCUCUACUGUAAGGAUGUGUAUUUGGGUCUCUAAAGAGUCCAGACUUUCUUCUGUUCUUCCUGUUUAUAUAACUAUUUUAUUUUUUCAAAUAAUGGGAUGAAACCUUCCCCUGCUGCUGUUUCUGAGCUACCACUUGCGAUUAUACUAAAAGCCAUGUAAACAUUGUUUUUUUUAAAACAAAACAAAAAAAACAACCAAAAAAAGACUGCUUCUUUGCCCUGUGUGCCCCUUUUCAGUCAAGUAUGCAAUGAUGUGGUGUUUGUUUUUUUUUAUUAUUUUAAUUUGGGUCCCCAGAACUACUUGUAUGUCUUUAUUUAUGCAUACUGUCCCACAUGUACACAUGCAUUUGAAUUCACCCUGCAAUAGUGUUUGAUGAAAGAAACAAAACAGAUUCUGCCUUAAGACUCACUGGAGUGCCUCUGAUGAUGCCCUGGCCAGGUUCUUUAGGCAGUUUUUGGCCUUUUUAUUUUUCUUCUUCUUUGGGUUGUCCAUAGAGGUCUGAGACUUUGCUGGCUGCAUGCCAAAUACAAUACAAAUAUCAGGAAAAGUUCUACGCUUUAUAUUUGUAUAAAGAGGUGUGAGGAAAUUCAGUUACCAAUGCCUUUGAUAAUGGUUCAACCCAGUGAGAGCGUAACAGGAUUACGUUGGGUUGUUUUUACUGCCACCUAGCUCUGGUAGAGUGUUCCUACACCACAAUAAGGAGAGACUUUGGAAAACUUUUACAUUUACCAGAUGAUACUGUUUGAAUAGUUUAACAUACUGAGAGACGUAACCAGUACUCUUUAUUUGUACUGCAUAUGUUUGAUCAGGCAAAAAUGACAAUAAUUGUUUGUCACUUGAUUUUUUUUUUUUUUCUGUUAUUCGUUUCGCUUUGCAGAGUGCAAUGCUGCAAAGUACGGUAUCAGUCCAAAAUAUAAGGGCAUAUCUAAAUGCACUAAAAAUGUGAUAAAGGUUUAUCAAUUUUGUAUCUCUUUGAUCCUUUGUUGUUGUAAAGCUGCUGGGUUUGUCCUGAUCACACCACGCAUCCGAUGACAACGUUGAUGGGUUGAUGAUGUGCAUAUACGGUUUUAAUGUGCACACGUUUGUGUAGAUGUUAGGGCUGAAGCAUUGCUCACCACUUGACACAUAUCUCACAUCUACUGUCCCAAUGGUGACCGUAGCGCUGAGUUGUAUUCUGUGCUGGCACUGUAUUCAGCUAGCAAAUGCAGGAAAAUGGGAAUAUGAAAAAAGGGGAGAAGAGGGAGACUUUCAUAUUAGCGAUUAUUAUUAUUGGCACUUUUUUCCUAGAUUUGUUCUUCAUUUUGUGCAGCAAGGACUACACAAAUAUCUGUCAUAAUAAAGGCUUCUUUAACCCUUUUUGUAAUACUGAAAUGUAGAACAUUAGACUUUCUUUAAUUUAGGCCUUCUUUGUUUGUCUCUUAUUAAUCAUGUAAUCUUUUUUUUUCCAUGUUUGAAGAGAGAUUUGUGUUUUAUGUUACUUCCUCCCCCCCCUCUACUGAUGUUGGCUGCAAGAAAUUUGAAAUGUGUCCUUACUGGACUUACUCCAUAAUUUCAAUGUUUAAUACCAUUAAUUUAUUCAGGAAUUAGGUUAUGAGAGCUCAUUUGAAUAUAAUCCCUCUGAUAUCAUUAGUAUCACGAACGAUGGUGGUUUAUACAGUAUUUAGUUACAGAGUUAUAAACAUUGUGCUUUUAAUUCUGUUAUGGGUAAGAACGCACUCCCGGUUGGACUGAUUAAUUUUAAACUUUAUCCUCUUACUGUAUAUAUGUGUACUAUAUAAAUGUAUUUACUUUUACAUGCAUGUUGAAGUGGAAUAAUAUGAACACUUGCCGUGCUGCAGUUUUGAUUAAAGAAAAAGCAAUUAAACAUUCA